UGUCAUUACCAGUUACAGACUUAAAAUUAAUAUCAACCGCUCGUUGUUUCUUCCCCUCCUCUUAUCUCUCCUAAGAUUCUUCAUCUCAAAGAGAGAGAGGCCCUAACAUCCCAACAAUGAUUUGCUCAACAGCUUCCUCUCUCCCCAUUUACCUUGAUAAAAAGAUCUCCACUAGUUCCUUUAAAAACCUGAAAACUAGUUCUUCUUCUUCUUCUUCUUCACGUUGUUGUUUACCAUUAGACUGCCAGGUGCUACGCAAGUCUCUUGUACCUGUUGCUGCUUCAGUUACUAUUCUUCUCUCUCCAAUUCCAGCUAAAGCUGGACUUCUAUCAGGAUUCUCUGGAAUAGAAUCAGUUCCUGGUCCUCAAUUACCUCAAAUUGACUUUCUAAAUCGCUUCAAUGAAGAAAACCAGAAGAAGUACGCUGAAGCUGAUGCAAGAUUCAAGUCAACUCCCUUGCUUAAGCAGCUGUUAGAGCGAUCAAAGCAGAACAAAGAAAAGAACAAGCAAGAACUUCAAGACAAGUACUGCAUACGUGGAGCGGAAUGGGGAGUAGGGGAUUGUUCAGUAGAGGCAAUGUCUCCUGAAGACAAAGAAAAGUUCAUUGCAAUGUUGAAGGAAAAGGCUGGAGCAAAAUGAAUGGAGGAUUUUCAUAUCAUACUUGCUUAGUCAAACAUGCAAGACAGCCAUUUUACUGAUUUUGGUCUAAACAAAAUUCCUCAUUUCUCAAAUCCAUAAAUCAAACAAUUGGUAUGACAUUGAGGGCAGAUGAAAGUUUGAAAAUCAUACUUGAAUUGAAAUGGUCAUGAUUGACUAACUGCUUGUCUCAAUCUUUUGUGAGCAUGUUUAGCUUCAAGUUUUCCAUUCCAAUG